AUGAACGUACUGCUUCUCCUUGCUCUGCUCAGGACUUCUGAGUGUUGGUGGGCUGGUCAAAAAGCAAUUGUUGAUAAGCUUGGAAAGCAAGAAUUCGAUGUCGAUGCAGAGGAACUACCACCUGUUGUUUCCGACUCUGAAGCUUCAAUCGGCAAUACAUCUGAUGAGUUUACAUCGACAAAAUCUGAGGAAGAACACAGACAGCGAAUACUGGAAAGAGAGAUUGAUACCAAGAAAGUGAAGCAUGACGCAGAAGAGAUUAUACAACAAGAUAAGUCGUACCAGGAAACUCUUCGCAACUUGAAAGAGCAGGAGCAGACGCAAAAGGAUAAGCCGACCAAGGUUUUGAAGAUCGACUCGAUCGAAGCUCUGUGCUCGUAUCGACUAAGUGAAGUGAUGGGUGAGAACGCGAAACUUUGGGAAGAAGUGCGGGAUUGGAGGUCAACAAGUGAGGCUUUGCGCAAAAUGCUCGAAGAAGAGCAGAAGAAAAGCAGUCAGCUUGCUUCUCAAUUGGAGGUGAGGGAGGAGGAAAUGGUCAUGAAUCAAGCUGACACCAUCAAGUUGCUCAAAGUCAAGAACAAGAAUCUUGCUUCCAAGGUGAAAGAAUGCGAUUGCAAUCUGAAUGCAGCAAGGAAGGACUUGUAA